GAGGACAGAAAAGAGCCACUUGUCUCCCGUACCCAACAAAAAGAUAAGGCGGAGAGUUCCCGCCGAGAGGUUCGACGUAGGGAGAGAAGUCUCCUCGGGAUCAUCUUCAGGGUACGUCGCUCCGUCGGUGGUCUACUUCGAGGUGCGACGAGAUGCCCGAUAACGGAGGCAAGUACUCCUUGGGAGAGGUGUCCCGUCACGACCGGGCAGAGGAUCUCUGGAUAGUCAUCCACGGCAAGGUCUACGAUCUUACGAGGUUCCUGAAGGAGCAUCCAGGUGGAGAGGAAGUCCUCCUCAAUUCCGCCGGCAAGGACGGGACGACCUGCUUCGACGACAUCGGCCACUCCAUGGAGGCCAUUAAGCUAAGGGACGGCUUCGAAAUCGGAGAAGUGGCCGAGAAAUCGGAGGAUCCUGGAAAUAAGGAAGCCGAGCACCGCGCAACGACUCAGCCCGCUGCCGAUGACGACGACUGGGAGUACCAGGAACCUGACAAGAAGACCUCCCCCAUGCUCCCCGUUUUCGUGACCCUGGGUGUUAUCGUCUACGCCGUAGUUUUCUAUUAUUUGUGGUACUAGUUAUCCAUAUUUAUUUUUCUACCAAAAAUCAUCGAGAGGUGCGACCGGUGUCUACUUCUUGCCGGGACGUUGGACGUAACUCGCAGUCGUUGAUUACGAGUUGGUUUCGAAAAUCUCCAGUUAAGUCGUUUCGAAUUGGAAGGUGUUGAAAUUCGUCUCGAGACGCUCUUGGCAGUUUAGUUCGAGCCGGGGCUGACCCGAUGAUUUGAUGAGUCGACGGUUUCGUUGAACGAGUUCAUGACGCGAGGAGGGCAAUGCUUUGAGCGAAAUUCCGUACGCGAAAUUGCAUCGACAUUUGUUCCCGCUCAUGCGCGGUUACGCAACAUCCAACGUACAUAACAAGGUUUACGAAAUGCCUGGCGAACAAUACCGAUAAACCGCGUUUUGGUUAUCUUUUUUUCUUAUCGCCUCGAAUCAGCCAAACGCGGGCGCUCUUUCGCGCCGAUAGCACUCGAGGAAACAGCGAAAUGAUUAUAUUCUAAUUUGACCGAGGCAAGGUUGGACAUUUAAAUUUAUCGAGACCUACGUACCCGUCGUAACGCAUGAUUUCGCUCAGAACUCGGAGAAAUUUACAACGAUUACUUGAAGAACAAUCACCGAGGCGCGUCGACCAGCCGCGCUCUGUCAUAUGCAAAUCGACGCGUCAGUUGGCUAAUCUUCACCUAAUUCUUACCGGAUAACAACGCGGCUUGAAAAAAAAUUCCACAGGUCGUUUCGACUCCACCUUCGACGAGAAUAACGACGCGGAAACCCCGGGCGUGGAUUCUGCGACAUCUUGUGAGAUUCUUUGAAUAAAAUACCAUCAAAGAGUA